AGUCGCCAUUGCGGAGUGGGUGUGGGAGGAUCCCGCCAACUUUUAUUCGCGGUUAUUUCGCUUUUUCUCUCUUCUCAUUCGGGGUCGAGCUUUGUAUGAGAAACAAGGUUACUAAUUAAGUGGAACCAUGUGGUCAGGUGCGCCACAGUGGGCAUCGUGGGCCUUGCAGCCCCAGCACUACCAGAAUAUGAAGCCUGAGGAAGCAUCCACGGUUGACUGGGCUGAACUUGCGAAGCAAUGGAUUCAGAUGAAGGAGACAGCACCACAGGAGCAGACCCAACCUCCCCAGGAGCCGAGCCACCCUUCCCAGCCGGUGGCAAGCUCAGGGCCAGCUCCCCAAGUGCAUCCUCCCGAAGAUGCAGCCGCUGCAGGUGGGGGAGGAGAGAUGGACAUGGAGAUUGAGGACGAUAAGGGACCAGCAGCAAAUGGCUCUGACCAGCAGAAUGGAGAAUCGUGGGGGAGUUGGAAUGGCGAGGGAAACUGGCCACCCACCCACACCACCGGAAUGGGCUGGGGUUGGGGUUGGCCUGUUGAUGCAUACUCCCAGAGCAGUGCUGCAAAUCAAGACAUAAACACCCAACAGCAUUAUAGCGGAAAAGAUGGUGAAUAUGGAUGGCCCAUUGUUGGAACAGAAGGAGUGCAGGGAGAGUAUGGGAGGAAUGACCGAAGGGACCGGAGAGGCCGAGAAUUCCAAGUGGGACCAACAUACCCUGAUCGCAUGGUGGGCAAGGAGGCUGACUUCCAGUUGGAUGCGGCACAGAGGAAGAAACUGCCAGCCUGGAUUCGAGAGGGCUUGGAGAAGAUGGAGCGGGAGAAGCAGAGAAAGUUAGAGAAAGAAAGGCAAAUGUCUGAGAAAGAGGAGAUGCUGAAGAGAAAGAGGGAAGAGGAAGCCAGAGCUCGACGUAUCCUAGAGGAAGAUCUUGCAAAUGACGGCAAACCUCGUGUGCCCAGGAAAAGUAAAUUUGACAGUGACAGUGAUAUGUCAGACCAUAGUAGGUCAGCCAGUCCAGAGACCGCAACAACUGGUCUGGGCAUGGCCAGGAAGCGUCGGUCUCGCUUUGCUCCCCAGAACAGCCAAGGGGGCACAGAAGAAGAUGGGGGCAGUAGAGAGGAAACUGAAGAGAAAGAGGAGGAAGUUAAAAUUAGUAGGAGAAUGCCUUCACCUGAACCUGCAAAGUCAGAAGAGGAGAAGAUACAAGAAAUGAUGCUGAAAUUGCGACGUUGGAUGACAGAAAUUUUACUGGACGUUACUACAGAAAUGAUGGAGGAGGUUGCAUCUGAAGUGUUGAAUCGUGCUCGUAUGAAAGCUCCGGCAGUUCAGGUGAAGAAGAGCUCAGCCCUUGCCUCUUUGUCGGGCGGAAUUGGGCUAGGCAUCUACAGCGAUAGUGAAAGCGAUGGAGAUGGAUCUGGUGGUGAGGGAGGCGGCAUGCAUGGUGAAACUGACAGUGAUGAGGAACUGAGGCAGACUAUCAGGCGUAAGCGACGGGACUUCCAAGCCACAGAGAGGAUGAUCCUUCAGAGACUCCAUGCGGAGGAGAUGGCAGAGAGAAGCCGGAAACACAAUGUCCAACAUGAGUCCCACUCUGAGGAUGACUCCAAGGUGGAUGGGGGGGUGAUGCAAGUCUCCGGGGAGGAUAGGAGGAGACGGGCAAGCAAAGACAGGGAGGGAGACAAGCAUGGGGAGGAGACAAAACCAGAGGAGGACUCAGAUGAGGACAAGAAUCCACCUGCAGCUGUGGGAAACAUAAAACCAAUGAAAUUUGUACCGCCCCAAGACCCAGAGGUAGACUCAACUCAGCCUGACAAUGGUACUCCCAGUGGCUCUGUUAAAGGAGAUGAUGACUCUAAAGACUCAGGUCAAAGCUUAGAUUCAGAACAAGAUUCAAAAUCUUCCAUUAGUGAUCAUUCCCGCUCAAGUGAGGGGAAGAAAAAGAAGAGGCGGAAGUCUAAGAAAGAUAAAAAGAAGAGCUCUAAGAGGUCACAUAGAAGUGAGGAAAGGGAGGGGAGGAAGAGAAGUCGGUCAGGAAGUAGGGAUAGGGAAGAAAGAAGGGAGCACAAAAAGAAGAAGAAACGGAAAGAGAUCAGCCGUAGUCGAAGUAGGAGCUCUGAGGAAUAUAGUAGGUACAAAAGUAGGAGUAAGAGCAGGGAGAGCUACAGGAGGAGGAGGGAUGGAAGUCACAGCCCAAGUGAGGAGAGAGGAUCUUGGAGAAGUAACGACAGCAGGUCAGGAUACCGUCACAGCAGUAGGUCUCGGGGGAGGGACCAUCGUAGAAGUUUUAGAGAUGGUAGUGAGGAUAGUAGAGUGGGCAGAAGUAGCAGACGACGUUCUCACUCGUGCAGCCGUAGCAGAAGUCGUAGCAGGGACUAUGGACGCAAGAAGGACCGGUAUAUUUCUAGGUCACGUUCUACAUCAAGAACACCCAAGAGAUCCAAGAAGCGUCGCCGCUCACGGUCAUGUAGUUCCUCUGUGUCACUCCCCAAGAAAUGGAAAAGAAGAUCCCGGUCGUCAUCGUAGGCAAGUGAAGGUCCUAGCGUGAGUGCUGUGGUAAGACAACACCAAGCACCUGCCUUGCACAGCCCAUCGUUUGGAGUUGCAUCCCCUGUCAUUUUUGACACUAGUAUAUCCAAAGAUAGGUCAAUUUUGUGUAUAGUGCUAAUAUUGCAAUUAGCCAUGUAAUUUAUUGUGAUAAUUCUGGUCUUGUACUGGAAGCCUGAAAGAGGCAUUGCUGUCAUUUCAAUACAAGUCUCUUAUUUCAGGAAAGAAAAGAUGUAUACUCAUUGAACUUGAUUAAAGACUUUAUGAGAACAGUAAUUUUUGUAGGUUCACAUUAAUGACAUGUAUUGUUCUCAUAUCACUGUCUAGUUCAAGUUCAUGAGCUUUGUCUCCUUUUACUUUUCAGGUUCUGUUUUUUAAAAGCUUGCUCAUGUAGUCUAGAAUAAAUGUCAUAAAUUACC